AUUUCGUAUAAAUAUAAUAUACGAAAUCAAAGAAUACUCCGAUAUAACACAACUGCUAUCAACUUUGUAAUAACAACCACUUGAAUUUUUUUAUCUAUAAACGUGAGUUCCAGCAGUAAAAGAUAAUCGGAACCAGAAAAUAGUUAAUGAUGUAUGGUGAGGGGAAUAACUUGUGCCGGCGUAUCUCUACUUAAAUAUAGUCGAUAAUAUUAAACAAAAUAGUGCAGUGUAUCUCGAAUUGUUUAUAAGAAUGGCCGUUUUUGAAUCUGGUGAAAAAAAGGAAGAGUGCUCUAAGAGGGACGAAACACCGACACACUAUUAUGAAGCCAACGAAAGGGACACGUAUUUCUCAAAUGAGAAAGUGAUUGUUCCUGAAGAUGACUCUCACAACUUUAGUUUUAAAAAAUUAUGGGCCUUUACUGGACCAGGAUUUCUCAUGUCCAUUGCAUAUCUAGAUCCUGGUAAUAUAGAAAGUGAUUUACAAUCAGGAACAGUUGGAAAUUAUAGGCUUCUAUGGGUUCUUUUCAGUGCCACAAUCUUAGGAUUUUUAAUGCAAACGCUUGCAACAAAACUAGGUGUUGUCACAGGUCUCCAUCUAGCAGAAAUGUGUUUCAAACAAUAUAAAAAAGUUCCUCGAUUAAUUUUAUGGAUCAUGAUAGAAAUUGCCGUCAUUGGCUCCGAUAUGCAAGAAGUUAUUGGCACCGCCAUUGCUCUCUAUUUACUAUCAAAUAAACUAAUACCAUUAUGGCUGGGCUGCCUUAUAACAAUAUUUGACACCUUUACUUUCCUUUUCCUCGAUAAAUAUGGACUAAGGAAACUUGAACUACUCUUCGGUUUCUUAAUAGCAGUAAUGGGAAUAACCUUCGGAUACGAGUACAUAGUAGCUCAACCUCCAGCACUGGAAGUCAGCAAGGGGCUCUUAAUUCCUAUGUGCAAAGAUUGUGAUUCUGAAGUUAUUCUACAAGCUGUCGGCGUAAUCGGUGCAGUCAUAAUGCCUCACAAUCUUUACCUGCACUCAGCACUGGUCAAAAGUAGAGAUAUAAAUAGAUCGAAACCUGCCAAAAUAAUAGAAGCAAAUAUGUAUUAUUACAUUGAAAGUGCAAUAGCAUUAGUAUGCAGUUUGAUUAUUAAUAUUUUUGUAGUUUCAGUAUUUGCUUUUGGACUUUUCAAAACGACGAAUAGUGAUUUGGUGCAAAAAUGUCAAGCAACAGAAAAUGAUUAUUUAAUAGGUUUAGCUAGAGAAGAAUUUGGUAAUAAUACAGACUUUGUGGAUGCUGACAUAUACAAAGGAGGAAUAUUCUUAGGAUGCAGCUUUGGAACAGCUGCGAUGUAUAUCUGGGCAGUAGGAAUUCUAGCCGCUGGACAAAGUUCCACCAUGACUGGUACUUACGCUGGCCAGUUUGCUAUGGAAGGUUUUCUAGAUCUCAGAUGGCCAAGAUGGAAGAGAGUACUUCUUACUAGAUCUAUAGCUAUGAUACCAACGUUUUGUACAGCUUUCUUCACUUCUUUAUCCGAUCUCACCCGAUUAAAUGACUAUUUGAAUGCUGUUAUGAGUCUACAGUUGCCCUUUGCUCUUAUACCUACUAUUGCUUUCACCUGUAAUAAGCAGAUUAUGGGACAAUUCGUAAAUGGAAUAGUUCUAAACAUCAUAUCGAUUUUGCUAGCAAUGGUGAUAAUUUCGAUUAACAUCUUCUUCGUAUCAGAAAAAUUAAUUCAAGCUGAACUACCUAUAUACGGUUUAUCGAUGAUUUGUGUACUUUCAGUAUUUUAUUUCGCUCUAAUCGCAUAUUUUUCGUUUCACCUAUACAUUGGAUUACGUGGAAAAUCAGUAGAUAAGGGAAGCAUGGUCGAAAAAUACGUAAUGACUCCAAUCAAGACGUCUCCUAGUACAACACCUUGAAAAAAAUUCGCCUUCUAUAGGUACUCUGCCAUUCUUACAUGCGUGCCAUUUAUGGUAAUAUUGGUUAUAUUACUGAAAAUUAAUUGGAAGAGAUUAUACACUUUUAAUCUUGAAGAAAAACUGUUUUAUAUAUGUUACAGUCAAAGCGUAAACUCAGUGAAUAUAAAAUAUACAUUCAUUAGUUGAUGUAUACACUGGCUAAAGUUAUUAAUUGAAAGUAUCCUACCUUGACUUGUAUAAAUAAAAUAAACUCGGCUACUCUAAAUGAAUACCUUUCAUGAAUUCCAUGACAACCUUUAAAAAGUUUUUAUCAGGUACAUGUUGUUGAUUAGUAAAAAUUGAUUGUUUAUAAGUUUUUGGUAACUUUUUUGUAACUUUUUGUGUUUAGACUUGUAACUCUUUUAUUUUAAGAAAUUUGAUAGAUAUAAUGUUUUUCUCUUACUCGGUAAAUUUAGAAUUCAUAAACAGUUUCACUUCGAACAUAAUAAAUAAUGACAAUUUUUGACAUAUUUUCAAAAAAUUAAAAUAAGGAUAUUUCUUAAAAUUUCGAAAAAUAUUUUAUAACCAAAUUUGAAUGAAUUUUGACAACUUUGUUACUCUUCGCGUUUUCUUAGCCUCUUAACAAUUUUUUUACUUAUUCGAAUUUCUCAGUUCCGAAAAGACCAGUUAAGAUAUAGUAAGUUCAUCUGCAAAAGUGUGUUUUUUUGUUUAAAAAUGUUUUUAAUUGGAUACCUAUAUAAAAAAAAAUACCUAUAAGCUAAAAAUAUUAUGUCAUGCUUGAUGCAGAGUGGCCCUAGUUUCAACAUUUCAUAGCAAAAAUCGCUGUAUAUAGGGUGUUCCGCAUAAGUACCGACACAGAACAGAUGCGUGUUGUGCACCCGAAAAUAUGAUGAUUUAACGCAAUUUAUCUUUAUACCAAGUUGUACCCCUAAGGAGUCCCGGAGGCCCAAAAUGGGGCAAUAUAUUUUUAAAAAAUUUAACUCUGCAACCCUUUAACUUAAAAAAUCUAUAUUUGGUAAAUUAUUUAGGCGUUUCAUGAGUCUUAAUUUGGGGUUGAACAAGAAUUAAUUGAAAUAUUUUAACGGAUGGUUUUGGGGUAACCCACCCUUAUAACUAUACAGAACUUUUUCUCAUCAUGGUUACCCCAAAACCACCUUUUAAAAUAUUUCAAUUAAGACUCAUAAAACGCCUAAAUAAUUUACCAAUUAUAGAUUUUCUGAGUCGAAUGCUUGCAGAGAUAUUAAUUUUUUUCGAAAUUUAUAGCCCCGCUUUAGGCCUCCAUUACUCAUUAGGAAUUCAAUUUGAUAUAGAAAUAAAUUGCGUUAAAUCACCCUGUAUGGUUUUAUCGCGUGACGAAACGAAAUUUCAGUGCUACAAAUCUAAAUUUUCCAAUCCAUCGUCCAAUGAAUCGAAUUUUUUAAGAAAUUACUUACAUUAAAAUGUUUAUAAAAUAAAUCAAAUUUUACUGGAUAUCCGAGCUCAAGAACAAAUCAUCAAUGUUAUUAUUUAUUAUUUUCGAAUCAAAAAAUGAUCAUGAACUCUAAAUUUGCGUAAUGUAAAUAAUAAAACCAUUUUCCAUUGUGAAGCGAACUUUAAAGGUGACCCUGUAUAUUUUAAAGUAAAUAACUAUAUUGUAAUAUUGACAAUAAGAUAAUUUUACUACUAGAAAUGUGCAACAAUAAUACGGAAAACCUUAAAAGUGAUAUUAUAGUGAUAUAUGUAUCUAGUCCAAAUCAUAAUAUUGACCUAAUAUUAAAAAUUAUCUUCCUAGCUAAGUAAGCUUUAAUUUGUGUUUAUAAUAAUAUAUAUAUUGUACAUAUUAUAAAACGUAUCACCUGCCUUUGUGCUACAAUUCGUCUGGACUCCCUAAUUUAAUUAAGCUAACAAUAAUAGUUAUUUUAAAUGUCUGUAACGCCAGCCACUAAUAAAUAAUGGCAACACAAAUAAAUUUCAUGCUAAAAUAAAAUUUAAUGCAAACUUAAUGUUUUGACAAUAGGGUUCUUGUCCAUAUAUAAAAGAUUAUUAACUUCAUUUUAAAAACUUUAUUAUUAUCUAUAAUAGUACCGUAAACCGGGGCUACUUGAUAAACAUAUUCAUCUUAACAUAUUAAACAUAUUCAAGUUUUGUUCAAGUAAAACAUAUAGCAGAGGCGUCUUGAAAGUAAAAAAAGUUAAAAUUAGGUAUAUGCGAUAACCACAUAGUAAGGAUUAAAGAAUAAAACGUGUUGGUUUUAAAAUAACACAAAAUUUUAAUAAAUAAACUAAACAGUCUCAUACAAAACAUAAAAAGGAACAAAAAUGUCAUGGUUAAUAACAAAAAUAAACACAUUCUUUGAAAAAUGCAGAUAAAUAAAUAUUUAUAUAACUACCCUUACAUAUUCUUAAACUGUAGCUGCCCCACGUCUUAAAAUUUUCGGUUUUGUCAGCUUCUUGAUUAUUUCUGACACAUUCACGAUUCCUUUAUCCUCUGCCAAGGAAAAAAUAUAUGCAUCUUUUACUUUACUCUCCCUCAGAAAAUGGCAAAAAAAUGUACUUUGAUUUUCACGGGUUAAUAUUUUGGCCACAUAUUUUCUAGUGGUUCCAUUUUAUGUUGCCAUUUGAACAAAAAUAAAAUCACCACCACUCAAAUCAUGAGUAAAGCUAGCGUUUAUAGAAACAUUUAACGAAUUUUUGUCAUUUUCGUUUGUAUUUUCCAAAUCAAAGAACAAUUCUGGAUCUACGUCGCUGUCAGUAUCAAUAGUCAUCCCUUCCAUUUCUUUAUCGCUAUCUGAAGAAGAAGAAUCGCGAUGAACAAUCGACUUACAUCGUUUUUUAGAAUUUUUUACUUUCUUAGUUGUUGAAACAUUUGCAGUUUGAACAUUUGAAGUUAUUGGAACACUUAUUUGAGAAAAAUCUUCCCGCGAGAUGCUCUUUCCAGCUUCUAGGUUCAUUUUUUUUUCUGCCUACAGAUUUUUUCAGCCCUUUUACAUGUUUUUCGAAUGAUUACAAUGGCUUCCGGUGGUACACCUGUUAAAACCUCUGAAAGAUUAUCGAAAAAUUUGUUGAUAGUGUCUUGAUUAACUUUAGCCCUGCUUUGUUUUACUGAUUGAGAUAUUCUUGCUGACACAAUUUUUUUAUAUCUUUUCAAGAAUUUUUCCAUCCAAGUUUCGCCUGGUCUAUUUUACCACUUCUUUCGAGAUAGUUUUGCACUAAAUCUUUAAUUUCUUCACUAUCACAAGGAAAUCUCCACUCAGCUGCAAUGCAAAUACAUUUAACAAGAGUUUUUUCCUCAUUAUUUGUAAUAGCCGUCUGACCACCAGCUGGUUUAGUAUGAAUGCCUUUUAUUUUUCUGUACAAUGUAACGUAGGGUGUCAUAUUUUGUGGCAAUGGCUAUCAAAUUGCCUGGCUCAUACUCCAACACUGCCAGUUCUAAUUUUUCUUGGGUAUAAUCGCAAUAUUUUCUACUUCUGACCUUUCUUUGAUAUUUGCGUACCAUUUUCAAAUCACCCCUAAAAAAAUAAAAAUAAAUAAUAUGAGACGCCCAUGUCGGAAAAUAAACACCAGAUACAGUUUGAGGUUAGAAUAGAAUUAACAACUAAAUAAACUAUUAGAGUUUAUAUUAUUUACCCGAGUCUCUGUAUAAUAGAAAGUAUAUGAGUGACAAAAUAAUUGUAUUUUCUUACCUCAAACUUGAAAAUAUUCCUUUCUUUAACAACAAUGUUUAUCGCAUCUAAUACCACCUGUUAUUUCUAACGUCAGUUUUCAAAUGACCCCGUAUUUGCAAGUAGCCCCGGUUUACGGUUCAUAAUAUGGGAGAGACAUUAGCAAUGACCAUUUUUAGAACAUUUAGAUGUUGAUGAUAUUAAAUAUUUAACAUUAGAAAACUUCGAACUGAUUCGAAUGUUGGCGAACGCACGCGAAAGUCACUAUUUGCUGACGUUUGACAUCCACAAUAAUUACUACGUUUGAAAUGUACCUCCUCGGGCAGAGCAAGUAGAUUUUUUAGUCAUGUGACAUCGAGUAAACCACAUGAAUGAAGCAAACGAAGCUUGGAUGUAUUAAACGAACGGUAUCGAGUACUUUUUAAGCGCAGCAUAUAUAAGGCAGGCACUAUCUUUAUUAAAAUCAGUUCUAGAACUUAAACGAACUGCGCAUGCUCAGAUGUCAAAAUAAGAGUGGCGCUAAUAGCGUUUGACCCUAAGUGAACUUGUAAUACCUCUCUAAUAACCAAUACUCCAUUUGAUAUUAAUUUUGCAAUAAAAAUAAAAUACUUAUGUGUGGUAUUUACUUAUAAGGUAUAGAGUACCUAAAUAAGUUAAGAACAAUUAUACAUAAAUUUAAAAAACUAAAAGAUUUGUUAGCACCAGGGCCGACUAAAGGGGGGGCAGCCGGGACUAAUUCCCGGGACCCGGACUCAAAUGGGGGCCCGGCAACAGCGGCGAGGAUUUUUGUUUUCUGUCAGAAGUUCGGCACAAGACAAGAGUGGCAAGUUUUUGGUUGGGGACCUUUUUUUAUAGAAAAUUCAAUUCAAGUAGAGGAGGAAAAGUUUUAGCUUGAAGAGCUUUUUGAUUUGUAGAGAAAUUGAAGUAAGAGGAGAGAAUAUUUUUUAUUUGUCACGGGGCCCGAUCUAGAGAAUUGUCCUGAGGCCCGGCCUGGCUCUCGGCGGCCCUGGUUAGCACUACCUUAUCAUAAAACUUUAUAUCAGUCAUUACUGGAAAUUUACAUUCUUUGUGGAAUAGUGGCAUGAAGAGGUGCGUUAAAAACUUAAGUUAAUUAUGUAGAAACUUAUAUUCUGUAAAAACACUAGAUACCUCUCCGACAAUCUCUACUCUGAAACCCAAAUACAAGACAUCUAUUUUUUAUAUACAAUAAUUAAAUAUCUCCUGAGAAUCUAAAAUCAUUGUGAAAUAUAGGCAGCUAAAAGUAUCUUCUUCAAAGUCAGCGAAAAGAUUUGUUAACAAUGUUUAACUAAACUAGAACCGAACAUCCUAAAAUUAAAUGACAUUAUGUUUUUAUUUAUUGUUUUCUUUUUUGUUGAUUUAUUGUUAUAUCUUGCCCAAAUUUAAUUUUAGAUAUAGUAGUGAUUAUUAUUAUUACUAAUAUUAAUAUAAUUAUUAUGUUCUACAUACUAUAAGCGAAACAAUUUUUUUUGUACUUAUCGUCUUUUUUCCUAACUUUAUUGCCAAUAUAUUUAUUGUUUUAAAUUAUUUCUACUUAAAUUUUGUGCAAAUAAAGUUAUUAUUUCUACAUUAUUAUUAUUAGUAUAAAUCUUAAAUUAAUUUUAAAUUAAAACUUAAAAUUACAUCGAUAAAUUAUUAGCUUUAAUUUGUGUUUAGGCUUAUCCGAUAUACUAAAUUAUGGUUAUGGAUAUUUAGUUUUGAUUGCGUCUCUAUUCUUCUAUUUUAUUGUUUCACUAAAGUGCUUCAAAAAGUGUAUGUAUUAACUAAUGAAUAGUAUAAAGUCAGAUUAUGCAUUUUUAUACUUAUUUUAUACUUUGACUAACAUUAUCCCUAAAUGCAAACAUUAAUUAGUGUAUGUAUACAAAUACAUUCACUACAGUUCACGCUUUUACUAUAACAUGGAUACUCAAAACAAACUGCUCAAAUUGUAUAUAUGAUAUGGUCAUAUCUAGGUAUUGUUUCGUAUAUUUAUUUAUUUUGUACAUUUUUGUUUUUAAAAAUAAUAAACAAUAAAACAUAAUUUUCAUUUAUU